UUCCCUCCGUACAUCGCACCUAAUGCUCCGACAGCUUCGCCAGCCUCUCUUUGCAGCCCGUCGCUCCUUCACUGCGGCCGAAUGCAGCCUCGCUCGGUCUAUGUCGUCCAGUAGGGACCUCGACCUAUUCACGCCCACGGAAGAACAUGGUGUUUUGCGAGAGAUGCUUACAGGUUUUGUAAAGACCAAGGUGGAUCCGCAGGCUUUGGAACAUGAUCGCGAAGAGAAAUUCAACGUCAAGCUCUUCCGCGAGCUGGGAGACCUUGGUCUGCUGGGCAUCACGGCACCCGAGAAAUACGGAGGAUCGGAGAUGGAUGCACUUGCUGCGGUGAUCGCCCACGAGGAGCUCUCGUCCAGCGACCCAGCCUUCUGUUUGUCCUUCUUGGCACACUCGAUGCUGUUCGUGAACAACGUAGCGCGCAAUGCAUCGGACGCUCAGUGCCAAAAGUAUCUUCCUGACGCCUGCUCAGGCGCUAAGAUCUGCGGGAUGGCCAUGAGUGAACCCUCAGUGGGUACAGACGUCUUAGGCAUGCGUACAACGGCGAAAAAGUCUGACUGUGGCAAGUUCUACCUGCUGAACGGAACCAAAAUGUGGAUUACGAACGGAGCUUUGGAUGACACUGAGUUGGGUGACACCUUCUUGGUGUAUGCACGUACUGGCAACUCGGGGAAAGCUAAGCAAGACUUCUCUUCGUUCCUCGUUGAAAAGGGCUUUGAAGGCUUCUCAUUGGGUCAACGCAUUAAAGACAAAUGCGGCAUGCGCGCGUCCAACACGGCGGAGCUAGUGUUUGAGAACUGUAAGGUUCCUGUUGAGAACAUUGUGGGCACAGAGGGCAGCGCCGUGCUCUGCAUGAUGCGUAAUCUCGAGAUCGAGCGCGUGACGUUGGCUGCAAUGAGUCUGGGCAUUGCUCGACGCUCGCUUGAGGUCAUGAGCAACUACGCUAAGGAGCGCGAGGCCUUCGGUCAGCCGCUGAAUAACUUUGGACAGAUCCAGAAGAACAUUGCCGAGUCUUACGCGGAGUAUAUGGCUGGGCGUGCGUAUGUGUACAACACAGCGAGGAAACUCAAGCUAGACUCGGUGGGUAACCGCGUAGACACGGACGGUGUCAAGCUGUACUGCGGCGACAUGGCGAAGCGCGUAGCGGACCGCGCCAUCCAAACGCUGGGUGGCUACGGCUACGUGGGCGAGUACAACGUGGAGCGCCUCUGGCGCGACUCCAAGCUGCUCGAGAUUGGAGGCGGCACUAACGAGUCACACCACAAGAAUAUGGUGCAGGACCUCGUUCGCAAUGGGCUCUGA